GUCACUUCCCCUGUGCUGGCGGUCCCAGUGGCUCUCAGAGCGAAGUCACUGAGCGAGCCGCCAGGCUAUGACCCCAGGGGCUCUGCUGAUGCUGCUGGGGGCGCUGGGGGCGUCGCUCGCCCCAGGCGUCCGCGGCUCGGAGGCAGAGGGCCGACUCCGGGAGAAACUUUUCUCUGGCUAUGAUAGCUCCGUGCGGCCAGCGCGGGAGGUGGGAGACCGUGUCAGGGUCAGCGUUGGUCUCACCCUGGCACAACUCAUCAGCCUGAACGAGAAGGAUGAAGAGAUGAGCACAAAGGUGUACUUAGACCUGGAGUGGAAUGACUACAGGCUGAGCUGGGACCCUGCGGAGCACGACGGCAUCGAUUUGCUCCGCAUCACGGCGGAAUCCGUGUGGCUCCCUGACGUGGUGCUACUGAACAACAACGAUGGGAAUUUUGACGUGGCUCUGGACAUUAACGUCGUGGCGUCCUCCGACGGCUCCGUGCGUUGGCAACCCCCGGGCAUCUAUCGCAGCAGCUGCAGCAUCCAGGUCACCUACUUCCCCUUCGACUGGCAGAACUGCACUAUGGUGUUCAGUUCCUACAGCUACGACAGCUCGGAGGUCAGCCUGCAGACAGGCCUGAGUCCUGACGGGCAAGAGCAGCAGGAAAUCCACAUUCAUGAAGGGACUUUCAUUGAGAAUGGCCAGUGGGAGAUUAUCCACAAGCCCUCUCGGCUAAUCCAGCCUCCAGGUGAUCCUAGGGAAGGGAGGGAAGGACAGCGCCAGGAAGUCAUCUUCUACCUCAUCAUCCGCCGGAAGCCUCUCUUCUACCUGGUCAACGUCAUCGCCCCAUGCAUCCUCAUCACUCUUCUGGCCAUCUUCGUCUUCUACCUGCCACCAGAUGCAGGAGAGAAGAUGGGGCUCUCAAUCUUUGCCCUGCUGACCCUUACUGUGUUCCUGCUGCUACUGGCCGACAAAGUACCUGAGACCUCCCUAUCGGUACCCAUUAUUAUCAAGUACCUCAUGUUUACCAUGGUCCUCGUCACCUUCUCAGUCAUCCUUAGUGUCGUGGUUCUCAACCUGCACCACCGCUCACCCCACACCCACCAAAUGCCCCUUUGGGUCCGUCAGAUCUUCAUUCACAAACUGCCGCCGUACCUGGGUUUAAAAAGGCCCAAGCCCGAGAGAGAACUGAUGCCGGAGCCCCCUCACUGUUCUUCUCCAGGAAGUGGCUGGGGUCGGGGAACAGAUGAAUAUUUCAUCCGGAAGCCGCCAAGUGAUUUUCUCUUCCCCAAACCCAACAGGUUCCAGCCUGAACUGUCUGCCCCUGAUCUGCGGCGAUUUAUCGAUGGUCCAAACCGGGCUGUGGCCCUGCCUCCGGAGUUACGGGAGGUUGUCUCCUCUAUCAGCUACAUCGCUCGACAGCUGCAGGAACAGGAGGACCACGAUGCGCUGAAGGAGGACUGGCAGUUUGUGGCCAUGGUAGUGGACCGCCUCUUCCUGUGGACUUUCAUCAUCUUCACCAGCGUUGGAACCCUAGUCAUUUUCCUGGACGCCACGUACCACUUGCCCCCUCCAGACCCCUUUCCUUGAAGACUGGAGGGUCGAGACCCAGGCCCUCUACCAGUUGAAGUGAGAGUUUGGUGAUACUGUCAAGCCAUAUCCUUCUCUGCCUCUUAACUCCUUCACUAGGAAUCCAGGCCUCUUAUUUCGUUUCUGGGGACUGCAUUGGACUGAGGGCUGGGUAGGCAGGUGUCUUGGACCCACCUGAAAUGCACUAUCAUCUGAUUUCCUCUUUGGGAUCUUGAAGAAGCUCUUUUGGGUAUCAACACCUAGGUUGCCAGUGAAAUAGAACAAAGAACAGGAACUAGAUUGUAAGCCUUAUGAGGUCAAGAAAUGU